GAACGGUCUAGGCCCCUUAAGGAACAUAACACAGCGGACUUCUGUUAAAAAAAUCAAUACACUCAGCGUGGAGUUUGCCAUUUUAACUGACUACGUUAGAACAGUUUGUUUAAAACAUGGGACUGGCUGAUAACAACCCAAAUAGUAUGGAGCAGGGAGAGGCAGAGCCAGUCCAGGAGAAGGACCGGGUCAAGACUUUGCAGUCCCAGGUGGACGGGGUAAAGAACAUCAUGACCGAGAAUGUGGAUCGUAUCCUGGCACGUGGAGAAAGGCUGGACGACCUGAUGGACAAAUCAGAGGACCUCCAGGCUGGGGCUCAGAACUUCAGGCACACCUCUCACAAGGUGGCCCGUUCCUACUGGUGGAAGAACGUCAAGCUGGUCGUGGUGAUCAUCGUCAUCGUCCUCAUCAUCGUCCUCAUCAUCGUGCUGCUGGCCACUGGAGUGAUUCCGACCAGCGCCCCUGCGCCUGCACCGCUACCUUUACCCACAUCUAAACCCUGAUUUCAUCAACAAACACACACACAUACACCGCACAUAGAUAUCUCAAAUAGUGUUUCCCUCUCUCCUUUUUAUUGCAUAAAUAGUCUCUCACCCUCCCUUACAGAUACACACACACACACACACACACCAUGCCAUGGUGUCUCAUAACUCUGUCAAAGUAGCAGAUCCUGCUGGUCAUAACAUUAGGUGUCUGAUUAACAGCUGUGGACAGUGUCUUGUUUCAUGAGCAGUCCUGUCCCACUGCUCUUCCCCGUUCACCAACUAAACAUUCCACAUACGUCAAGGGCAGCGUGGAUGAUCAGAUAUUAAUGCCUGAUAUUUAAAUCAGCUCACCUUAAAUAUCACCGUUAGUCCUUAAGCUAUGGCAGAGGUCCUGAAUCAGCUAUUUUUAAUAAUGGAUUGCUUUAAUUUUUCAGUGCUGUCUGUCAAAUCUAUCAAGGUCCAUGAAAUCAGAGCGAGAGAGUAGGAAAUACUGAAACAUUCCAAGUAGUUGUGAUUCAGGUCAAUUUUUAGACCUUUUGACAGUUAUAAGAUGAUUUAAUUGGUCCAUGACAAAGUGGUUUUAUGGUCAGCACCAUAGUGUGCAUUAGCACUCUGAAGGUCAAAAUCAAACCAGUUUGUUACCUGCAUGUGUAUAGAUUCAAAUGUUCU